GCCGGAUAACUAGACAUGGCCGACGCGGAGGACGACAACGUGUCGGCAUACGAGCGCCAGCGCGUGGCCAAGAUGCUGCGCAACAAGCAGGCGAUGGAGAGCCUUGGGCUCAUACGUGCCAUGGACGAGAUCAAGCAAAAGCGCCAGGCGGCGCGGGCGGAGGUUGAAGCAUGUCGAAAACGUCAUAAGACGGCCGAGAAGGCAGAGGUUGUUCCGCGACGGACGGGUCGCCAUACCAAGCCGAUCUCGUUUAUCCAGCACGAAUGGCGCGAUCCCCGCGAGCGGAAUCGAUUGAAGAUCGAGACACUCAAGCACCGCCUAGCUUCUUUGACGCCGCACAUGGAAGACGCAUGUUUGCUGUGCGGAUUGGUGGUCGCGAGGGCCGCCAUGCGACAGCAUGUCGGCGCCCACAUCGUAGCCGAGUCGUUUGCAGCCGUUCGAUGCGGAUUGUGUGGCCUUGAAUCCUCAACGUGCGAGCACAAAGUCGAAGCGGGAAUACCAACGAUUGUUCCUGUGGGCGACGUGGCGGUCGCGCAACUCUGUCCGCGGUUUUUCCCCGUGGUCGUCAAGAGAGCUGCGCAAGCCAAGUGUACGAAUGUGCCAUUGCGGUGCUCCAAGUGCCGCCAGUGGCUGUGGACGUACACGAUGAAGCAGCAUUGGGCCAGCAUCCACGGCAGCACCAAGGGCAUGACGAAGAAAGAAGCCGCCGCGUCGACAGUGUCCGGUGACGAAGUGGCUUUCAUGCUGGCCGAAAUGGAGCGCAUCAACUUCAAGCUUUUGGAAAUAGAUCGCAGCAGCAGUAGCGACGACGACAGCGCGUUCCGCCCCGGCACUGGCGACCGUGGCGGCAUCGCGCGGUCGUACUCUUUGCGGGUGCGCAAACCGUUGGCUGAAAUCGACACGGACGACAACGAGUUCUCGAGCGCCCCCGACAGCGAUUACAACGACGGCUCAGAUUAACAUAGUUGACAAGCUAGGACUGAUCGCUUUCAACGCGCAUGAGCUUCGUAUGCAGUGACUACUUGGCGGGCGGCGCCAUACCGCGUGAGACCCAUCGGCAGGACACCAGUCCAUCAAAAUAGCAUGUAUAACAACCAACCCGUAGCUGU